GUCCUUUUUCCCUGGUGAUGGAAGACAUUGGGUGUGUCUUGAAGAGGCAGGAAGUUUCAGGACAAGUUGUUCAACGAGCAUUUUUCGAAAAACGUAGAACAUGGGUGUAUUUAACUAAACGGUUUUAUUUUUUCAUGUUUUUUGGGAUGCUUUUUUUGUCUAAUUUGAAGGUGUACUUUUAAAUUUAUUUGACAGAGCUGUGCUGGAGGACUGAAACAGGUUCUCACUGAAGGGAAAUGACAGAGUAUAAACUAGUGGUGGUUGGAGCUGGUGGUGUUGGGAAGAGUGCAUUGACAAUCCAGCUUAUCCAAAACCAUUUUGUGGAUGAGUACGAUCCAACAAUUGAGGAUUCUUACAGAAAGCAGGUGGUCAUUGACGGGGAGACAUGUUUGUUGGAUAUUCUUGAUACUGCGGGUCAAGAGGAGUAUAGUGCUAUGAGAGAUCAGUACAUGCGAACUGGAGAGGGAUUCCUCUGUGUAUUUGCUAUAAAUAAUAGCAAAUCCUUUGCAGAUAUCAAUCUUUACAGAGAACAAAUUAAGAGAGUAAAAGACUCAGAUGAUGUCCCCAUGGUGUUAGUUGGAAACAAAUGUGAUUUACCAACAAGGACAGUUGACACAAAACAAGCUCAAGAAUUAGCAAAAGGUUAUGGGAUACCUUUUAUUGAAACAUCUGCUAAAACAAGACAGGGUGUAGAGGAUGCCUUUUACACAUUAGUUCGAGAAAUCAGGCAGUUCAGAAUGAAGAAACUCGAUAGUAAUGAAGACCGAAAACAGGGCUGCAUGGGGCAGUGUACAGUGAUGUGAUAAGUUUCUUAAACUUGUAAGAAGAAAAGAAACUGUUGGAACAUAAGAAGCAUUAUGACCACUGCUGUGAAAUGGAACAUGUUGAGAUUACCUCGUAUAGCAUGAGGAAUAGCUGCGUUGUUCCCCCGUUUGUGCCACAGUUGUAGCAUGUGGUUCAGUCACUUACAGGAACUUCUUUCUCCAAAUAACUUCAGGGAGGGUUUAAUGUCCUCUCUAUAGAUGGAACCACUGAAUUUCAUGCUGUGCACCAUUGUCAAGUUUUCAUAGAAAGAUUCAAAGCAUCUAUUCUGGAGAAGAAUACCCAUAGGUAACAGAUCAUCUGUACCAUUAGGCACCAAAUGCACAAGGAACUGAGACCAAAUGUUUGGCUCAGCUUACUGUUUAAUACACUAAUUUGAACCUGUGUUAAAUUAAGUAGAAACCUCUUCGAAUAAGUGCCUACAUGCUGCAAGACUUUACCAUUUGGCUCUUGCUUUUACCUUCAGACUUUUAAAAGCUAAUUUCUGUGCAGGAGCCAUGACAUUUAAUCAGAGUGCCACAAAUUCCUUUGUUUGCCUUGAAACUGCACACAAAACUAUUACUGUAUGUAGAAAGUCUCAUUAUAUGUGAGAUGUACAGUAGAAAGUUAAACUAGGUUAUAAAGUCAAAUGAUACAAUUGUUUUUCUUGUCUGCCUCUUACACUCUACUUGUACAGUUAAUUUUCGGGAUUUGUAAAGCAGUCUAACAUCAGUCAGAUUAUGGUGAAAUUCAUGUUGAAUGUACAUUGUGAAGACAGUAAGCACCAUUGCUAUUAGUGAAUUUCAUUUUCUUUUGUAAUAUAGUCUGUUCUGACUGUUUUAGAUUUCCCAGCUUGUCUGAUUCUGAAUGGAUGAGGUUUGUCUAAUUCAUAAUCUAUGGAAAUGUUUGUUGUAUAAGUCCUGGAAUACAUUGUUUACAUAAGGCAAAUGCAGUAUUCACUGUGACUAAAAAAAGUGGUAACCUG